AGAUAAUUUAUUUCUUAGUUUUUAGAUCAAAACUAAGCAAAAAUCAAGUUUGAGGUAAAUUCGCCUGUAAGAUUUAAAAGAAAGAGAAAAAAUAAAGCAAGUUUUAUAUAAAUGUAUGCAAAAACUUAACUUCCAGAUGUACAUAGUAUAAGUAAUAUGCUUAAACAUAAUUAGAGUCAGUCAGAGAUAUCAUAGGAGGGUUAAACAUUUAGAGGUUUUAGAUUACCUAAUUCUUAGAGAUCUACAUCAGUGCUAAUAGAAGACUAAGAUAGAAAAAGUAAUAAUAAUUCUGUAGUUCUGAUUUAAAAAGAAAUUAAUAAUAAAAAUUAUGUCAUUAAUGAAGAGUGA